AUGAUUCCAAUUGAGACAAUAAGCUCUGCAGAAAGGCGGGUAAAGAAAGAAAAAGAUGCCCUCACUGGCAGGGUACAUAAACUGAAUUUAUUAGAAGAAGAUGGUGCUUUGUCGAGGCAACAGUUAGAAGAAAGAAUUCAUUGCAAAGUUAAGUUGAGAGGUAUUGAAACUAUGGAGGACGAGGUAAAUUCUUGCAUGGAGAAUCUUAGCUUUCCAAAAAACAAAGAGGAAGAUAAAUACCUCCUUGAGCGAGAGUUUACAGAAACGGAGAUAUUGAAGGCUAAGAAACCUGGAUUUCUUUGUAAGCUUGAUAUGGAGAAGGCUUUCGACAAUGUUAAUUGGCAUUCCUUAUUUCUGAUUCUUGAGAAGCAUGAAUUUGGUGUUAAAUGGAUUUCUUGGAUCAAAUGGUGCGUAACUUCUUCACUUCUUUCUGUUUUGGUUAAUGACAGCUCUACGGAGAAAUUCAAACCAAGUAAAGGACUUAGACAAGGUGACCCUUAA